UCUUUGAGUUUUCCAGUCGUUGUAUACGCAGCAACACAAAUUAUGAUAAUUGUUUUGACCUUAAUUUAGCUGAUAAUUGUUUCUACGAUAUACAAAAUGAUACCAAAGUUUUCUUUGUUAGAUAUAUUUUAGCACAGAGACAUAAAUUACGACAAGAAUAAUACCAACGCUUUUUUUUUGUUAAAUUUAUAAUAGGUUUAACUUUUUGGUGCUAAAAUUGAAAACUUAACUAGAACAAUUUUUCUGUCAAUGUCUAUUUUCUUUUCUAAAACUAAUUGUGAACCAAAGAAAAGUUUGAAAGACUUGUAGUGAGAGACAUAUAUUAAUCAACACAAGUACAUAUCGCAAUAUAAUUUAGUCGAUUCUCUCCCAGGCGAGAAAGUUUGUUACCCGCUGGUUACAAGGAAACUCCCCUGUCCUACCUACUAGUCAGUUACCAGUUUGAGGUCUGUUUCCCCUGCAAAUCGCCGGCUAGAUUCAAAUUGUUUCUGCUUUCAUCCUUACCCAACGGACUAAAGCAAGUUCUUGCCUAAAACACACCGGGUUCAUCCCCGACUUCAGUCGGAGGGCCGCCGUCCAUCAUGACGUCUAUCAUCGGAGCUCACACAAAUCACCGCUAAACCACACUUCCGACGAGUCUAUCCUCUAGUCUGUGUCCUCAUCUUCAUGACUGAAUACGUAGAGGUAAAGACCCCAUGAAAGAUGUGUGUUUAGUGUGCUGACUGGUUUCUCUUUCGUAGACUUCUACAGAUCUUUCUCACCCUAGUGGUGAAGAACUUUUAUAAACUUUACAAAGCAAGGAGCUUCGCUCAACAUCCUGUAACAAAAAAAAAAAACAAAUUAAAAAAGUAACCAAAACCCAUUUAUCUCUUUUCUUUUCUCAUCACAUCUCUCUACCCUUUCUCUAGAAAUCUAAUUAGUUCUUUUUUCCUUAUUUCACUAAUUCCAGCUUAUCAUUAUUAUUUUGUUAAGUGCAAUCAGAUCAAUUGUGUUUUUAGCAAAAAAAAAAUCAGAUCAAUUGUGACUAAUUUUUUGGGAAGUCUCGUGACGACGACAGCCUAUAAUGUCACUUACUCAAACAGUGACUUGAAGGCAUAUUUGUUUUGGAAUUCACUUGCAAACUUGAUUGGUUCAAUGUUCGGCCAGAUAUGCAACAACGUGAAAAAAGAGGGGGCUAAGAAGACAUUUAAGACCAUUGGGAAAUCAGUCUUUUGGAUCCUCUUGGGAGGACUGAUUCCAAUGUUUGCUGGAGGGUUUAUAAAAAAGUACCAGAUUAGAUUGGUUGUUGCUGCAGCUUCAGCAUUUGCUAUGCAGUGCAUAUCAGCAACGCUGUGGAAACAAUCCUAUCAGAUCCCCACCUGGCAACCAGUGUUCAUUGUUGUACUUGGCAUCAUUGGAAUUGGCAUAGCUGCUGGAAUUCCACAUCUUGUCAAGGUUGUAUCUGAAAAAAAAUAAGAGGAUUUGUUGGGUUUCAAGGCGCUCUGAUUCAGGUUUUAGAACAGGGUUUGAGAUUACUACUCAGGAUUUUGGUUUAGCCACUUGUUAUCAUCAAUUUACUCUUUCUUUUUGGGUUUUCUUUCUGGAUCAUGGAAGCUAAAGUUCUCUGUUAGUCUAAAACCAAAUCCCAAAGUUUGUGGCGAGAGACUGGUUUAUCUCCACUACGGUUGACUUUUCUAGUGUUUGCCAAACAUUUUUGCUCUCGAUAAUUUAAGUUUUUUUUCAUUAAAAAU